AUGACUGUCCUCAGCACCUUGGCACCCGUCCCCGCGGACGAGAUCUUCGCCUUGAACCGCGCAUAUGCCACCGACGACUACCCGCAGAAGGUCAGCCUGGGCGUCGGCGUCUACCGCACCGACGACGGCAAGCCGUGGCCGCUGCCGGUGGUGCGCGAGGCCGAGAAGCAGCUGCACGAGGAGGACAACCUCUUCCGACACGAAUACACCGCCAUUGAGGGCGACGUCGCCUUCCUCGAGCUGGCUCGGGACCUGAUGUUCGGCUUCGACGCGGCCAAUCCGACGCCGCAGCAGACGCAGACGCAGGCGCGCAUCGGGUCGGUGCAGACGGUGGCUGGCACCGGCGCCAAUCAUCUGGGCGCGCUGUUCCUGGCGCACCACAUGAAGCCCAAGCACAUCUGGCUGUCGAACCCGUCGUGGGCGAAUCACCUGACGAUCUGGGAGCUGGCGGGCGUUGCGCGCAAGACCUACCCGUACUACAACGCCGCCUCGCGCGCGUUCGACUUUGCCGGCAUGAUGGCCACGCUGGAGGAGGAGGCGCAGGAGGGCGACGCGAUCCUGCUGCACGCCUGCGCGCACAACCCCACGGGGCUCGACCCCACGCCCGACCAGUGGAAGGCCAUCGCCGACCUGUGCGAGCGCAAGAAGCUCUUCCCCUUCUUCGACAGCGCCUACCAGGGCUUCGCGUCCGGCUCCGCCGACGAGGACGCCUGGGCUGUGCGCUACUUCCUCCGCGAGAAGCCCAACAUGGAGAUGUGCGUCGCCCAGAGCUUCUCCAAGAACUUCGGCCUCUACGGCCAGCGCGUCGGUGCCUUCCACUACGUCCUUAACGACGGCGCCCAGCACCUCCGCGACACCGUCGUCAACAACCUUUGCCAUCUCAUCCGCGGCGAGUUCUCUAUGGGCCCCACCGCCGGCUGCAGCAUCGUCAAGAAGGUCCUCACCAACGCUGAGCUCACCGCCCAGUGGCACGAGGACUUGAAGGUCAUGAGCUCGCGCAUCAAGUCCAUGCGUCAGGCCCUGUAUGACGAGCUGGUCCGUCUCGAGACGCCCGGCUCCUGGAAGCACAUCGUCGAGCAGAACGGCAUGUUUUCCUACACUGGCUUGACCCCGUCGCAGGUGUACGCUCUAAAGGAGAAGUACCACAUCUACCUCCUCAAGUCGGGUCGUGCCUCUAUCAGCGGUCACGCAGUGAGCAAGAAGAACGUCGCCUACGUGGCGCAAGCCAUCAACGAUGUUGUCCGCAACGUCAACUAA